AUGAGCGACGAAUUUAACGUAAUGGAUAUUGGAGACAAUCCAUCAACUUUCCAAUUAGAUGGCGCGCAGAAUCACAACUAUUCAACAAGGAAGAAGAAACGACUUACUGAAAAUGAUUUACCUGUAAGUUAUCGAUUUCCAGAUCAAUUAAACUGCCUUUAUAAAGAGCCACUUAAAAUAAGCGCGGCCAAGAAAAAAGAUCUUUUAAAUCUAUGUAGGAAAGGCAUCAUACCAGAGGAAGUUCACGGUUGGUUUAAAAAUUUAAAUGUUGACAGUCAAGCUAUUGAUAAAUUGCCAGAACCAGCAGUAGAUGAAACUGUAAGUGGAGAAGAAGAGUGA